UUAUUGUUAGUUGCUGCUUAUUAUAAAAAAAAAAAACUGCUCAGGAAUGAUGUACAUAUACUAUUUAUAAAGUAAUCACAAAAUGUUUGUGAUUGUUGAAUAUCUUGAUUUCUAGAUAGUUGCAAUAUUGUUAGCUUGAAAUGUCAAUCAUCUUCUGCCAUCAGCCCAAUCCUGGGCACCAGGGAUUUUUGACAUUUCAAGCUGCAACAUUGAAAUUAAUUCUUUUAAAAAAUCAGAGGGCAAUGCAGGUCUUCUGCCAUUUUUUUUUUGGAUUGUGAUCAUAGCUUUUGAUAACCUUGUUGCCUGUUGCUGCCCCACUUAUGAAAGAACAUUGUGGGAUUUUGCAGAUGUGAUACAAAACAGUUCAAUGAAUAAUCAUAAUUUUUAAUUAUUCACAGUUCUAGAAUCAUGUCGAGCAAAUGCAGACAAUUUAUUCAAGAUCACAUAUCACUCCAAGAAAUGACACUUGUAUCGAAUCACCUUUUAGAAUGUUGUAACUCUCAUUACAUUAUGAAAUCUGGAACUUUUGUGUACAGCGUAUGUGUGAUGACUAAAUGUGGAAAGCUAAAAAAUUAUGUGGUUUUAACUGAUAUCCCCAAUUUACUGACAUAUCUCGUUAGGAUUUAAAAUAGUAAGUUGAGAGAUGUUUCACUUUUUGAACUGUUGUGUUGUUUAUUAGAUUCCGCUCAUUUAUCAAAGUCAGCCUUGAAGAACAAGAAAAGGGCAGAGAAGAGAACGAAGGCUAGAAUAGAACAAAUUAAAGAAAAUGGUGGCACCUUGGAAGCAAUCGAAAUGAAGGAUCCAGUCGCUGUAUUGAGAGAACAGUUACAAGAAGCCAAAGACAAUAAGGAUCACAAACUUGCAGCGAAGAUUCGUCAACAGUUGUGGAUUGCUCAAGAUAAUGCUGCUGGCGUGAGCAUGGCGGAAGUUGAAGAUUUGGGAGCCGAUAUCUCAUCUUGCAUAGACGCACAAAGCGUCAAAGAAAAAACGACAACCACAGAAACACCGCCUUCAGUCUCUCAGGCCAGCGGUCUAACUUCUGCGGAAAAGAGAAUACGAGCUUUAAAGAAAAAACUCCAACAAAUUGAAGCUUUAAAAGAAAAAAGAGAACUUGGACAAGUCUUAGAGAAAACUCAGCUUGAUAAGAUCUCCAAAGAGCAAGAAACUCUCGAUGAAAUCAAAGAAAUUGAAUCACUCUUAACAGGAAGCUGAUGCAGAUGACGAUUAAGUCAAAUAUAGUUUACAAAUUAGAAAACAGAAAAAUACCAAUUUACAGAUUGAAGGUUAUUUAAAUCAGCUCACUGUAAGGUAGAAAAUCGUACAACGGCAUAAAUAGUAGACUAUUUUUGCAGCGUGUAACAGAACAAAGGGGUUUAUCUCUUGUAAAUGUCUAGUUUUGUAGAAGGCUUUUAGUAAUGUAUUUUGCAUUCUUUUCACUUUUAUUGAAUAAAUUAUUAUUUGCCUCGUUAA